CAAAGUUCUAAAGAAAUGGUGAUUGAAAUAAAGGUUAUCUCGAUGGAAACAAUCAAACCAUCUUCUCCAACCCCAAAAUCACUAGCAAAAUAUCACCUCUCAUUUCUUGAUAAAUUAGCUCCCCCUAUUUUCCCACAACUCGUCUACUUCUACUCAUCAAACCCCAAAAUCCCCAACUCCCUAAAAUCGAACCACCUCAAAAAAUCCUUGUCGGAAACCCUCUCCACAUUCUACCCCCUCGCCGGCCGCCUCGUCGGCAACUCCCACGUCAACUGCAACGACGCCGGCGUCCCCUUCGCCGAGGCCGAGGCCAACUGCAACCUCUCUCAAAUCGUCACCGAUCCGGACCCCAAAAACACCUCCAAAUUCGCAAUCCCUCAAAAAGCCCUAGGCUUAUGCUUGGCGGUGCAAGUCACCUAUUUCCGGUGCGGCGGCACUGCCGUUGGAAUCAUGUUCCUGCACAAAAUCGGCGACGCACUAUCGCUCUUAAUGUUCGCCAACGCGUGGUCCGCUGCCACCAGAGGCGGUGGCGUGCCGCCGCCGGUGUUCGACGCGGCCUCGUAUUUCCCGCCACGUGACAUCCCCGGGUACAACCCUACCUCGGGAAUAUUGAAGGAAGAAAUCGAGGCUAGAAUAUUCAGAUUUCCGGCGUCGAAAAUCGCCGCUCUCCGGGAAAGGUACACGGCUGCCUGCGGCGGCCACCGCCCGAGCCGGGUGGAGGCGCUGUCGGCCUUUAUAUGGACCCAGUUCAUUUCAGCCACGGGCAUGAAACCCGACCCGAAUAAAAUAUACGCGGUCCUCCAGACCGUGAACCUACGGACCCGGGCCGACCCUCCUCUUUCGGAGCAUCACUUCGGGAACAUCUACGGGCUAUCGACCGCGAGGCCGGAAGCCGGGGACGGAGGCGUGGAGCUCCUGCGGAAGAUGCGGGAAGCCGUGGAAGCCGUGGACAGCGGCUACGUGGCUCGGCUGAAGGAUGGUGAGAAGCAUUUGGAGUUCAUGAGCAAGAUGUUGGUUCAAGACACAAAGGGGGAACUGGUGAGCUUCAACUUCACCAGCCUAUGCAGGUUGCCGUUGUACGAAGCGGAUUUCGGGUGGGGAAAACCCGUUUGGGUCGGGUUUAGCGGGUUCCCGUUCAAGAAUUUAGUUACUUUUGUGGAUACCAAGAGUGAGGGUGGAAUAGAGGCGUUGGUUAAUUUGAAGAAACGAGAUAUGGAGAAAUUCCAAGCUUGUUUGGAGAAUUUGCAAAGUAAACUGUGAAUGAACAUGAUAUGUAAAUU